UGCCCGACCCUUCAGGAGCCCUGCCUCUGGUCGGUCGCUGUAGGCCCGCUCUCCUCCACCCCGCCAUGGCGAGGGGCUUGGGGCUGGCGCCGCCGCCGCCGCCGCUGCUGCUGCUGCUGCUGCUGGCCGCGGCGACCCGCUCUUGCGAGGCGCAGCGCAACUGCACGUGCCCCACCAACAAGAUGACCAUCUGCAGCCCGGACGGCCCGGGCGGCGCCUGUGAGUGCCGGGCCAUCGGCUCGCAGGCGGUGGUGGACUGCUCCACGCUGACUUCCAAGUGUCUGCUGCUCAAGGCGCGCGCGAGCGCGGGGAAGAGCGGCCGCAGCCUGGUGAAGCCGAGCGAGCACGCCAUCCUGGACAACGACGGCCUCUACGACCCCGAGUGCGACGCCCAGGGCCGCUUCAAGGCGCGCCAGUGCAACCGGACGUCGGUGUGCUGGUGCGUGAACUCGGUGGGCGUGCGCCGCACGGACAAGGGGGACCUGAGCCUGCGCUGCGACGAGGUGGUGCGGACGCAGCACAUCCUCAUCGAGCUGCGCCACCGCCCCACCGAGCGCGCCUUCAACCACUCGGACCUGGACCGCGAGCUGCGGCGGCUCUUCCGGGAGCGCUACGGGCUGCACCCCAGCUUCCUGUCGGCGGUGCACUACGACGAGCCCACCAUCCAGAUCGAGCUGCGCCAGAACUCGUCCCAGAAGCGCCUGGGGGACGUGGACAUCGCCGACGCCGCCUACUACUUCGAGAGGGACGCCAAGGGCGAGUCGCUGUUCGUGGGCCGCCGCGGCCUGGACGUGCAGGUGCGCGGGGAGCCCCUGCACGUGGAGCGCACCCUCAUCUACUACGUGGACGAGAAGCCCCCCCAGUUCUCCAUGAAGCGCCUCACUGCCGGCCUCAUCGCUGUCAUCGCCGUGGUCGCCGUGGCGCUCGUGGCCGGCGCCGUCGUCCUGGUGGUCAGCAACCGGAGGAGGUCGGGGAAGUACAGAAAGGUGGAGCUGAAGGAGCUGGGGGAGAGGAGAAGCGAGCCGAGCCUGUGAUCCGGGUCCCUGGCCUCCUCCUCACCCCGGGCCAGAAUGUUGGUUCUUGGCCAGGAGGUAACUUUCCUCCCAGCCCCGACCGCUUCCUUCUCCCUCCACCAAGUUCGCCAGGUGCUGAGCUCAGGUCAUCUCGGUAGGGAAGGAAGCAUUUCUGAAAUUCCUUGUGCGGUCACCAGAAAGCUGGAGAGUUAAGCGCAGGCGGGCGAGGCGGCUUCGCCAGGGCCCCGGUGCCAGGGCAGCCCGGCUUCGUUUCCCAGUGACUUGAAUGACUGAAAUGGGCUGAUACGGGCGAGCAGCGCUUUUUCUGUCCCGGGUUGUUGGCCAUUCGCUCCCUCCUCUCCGCCUUCCAGAAAAGAGGAGCUCGCUGACGGAGCCUGUGCAGUGUUCUUCCUCUGCCGUUGUUUGGACGGGAGGAGAGGCGGUUCCCGUGUCUGAGCACGUUUUAGAGGUCUUUAUUGGACUGCAUCUGUUCUUCUGCUUGCGCUUGAUGUAGCUGAUACGAGAGAGUUUUCUUUUGUGAAACGUUUGUACAGAUGGAUCUUUGAUAAUGCUGCUGUUUUUUUUUUUUUUAGCAACAACUCGAGUUUAAUAAAAUAUGGGAAAGGCACAAACC